AUGAGGGUGUCGCUGACAAAGUGUCUGCUGCUUGACGGAACUAUCUAUUUCAUAGCUCUGCUAGCAAUAAACGUUACCCAAUUGCUGACCACCAACCUGUCUGCGGACGAAUCAUUUGUGGGCACGUUGAUGAUGACUUUGCCCUUGGUGCUCAUCAAUUGCUUCAUAAUUAACCUCUGCCAGACAGCCUACUCGGAGAUGUUGGACUACUCUGUACACAUCAGUGAUCUGCAGCAAGGGCAGUUGACACUGCAUUUCACAAGGCCAACGAGUCGAUUAGGCAACGUUGAGGGGACGCUGCAAAGUGGUUGGGGCGCCAAAGCUUGUGACGACGAGGAUGCUAUCGCAGGAAUGGACCAGGAAGGACAUUGUGAGAGCAAUGCUGAACUUUGA